UCGUCAAACUAAAAAUGGCGUUGGCGUUCACAUUGUGACAAGCACAAUACUAUAUUUGUGUGUGACAUUGAAGAAUUUCAAUAAAUUAAUAAACACUCGUUUAACUAAUUAAGCGCCGCGAGGAGAUCGGGGUACAUUUGUGAAUGUGUUAGUGGUUGGAAUUGUGAAAGUUAUUAAAUAAAUGUAUUUAUGAUAAUUAUAUGGCGUGGCGAUGACGCAGUUUCUACCACCAAAUCUUCUUGCUCUAUUUGCGGCACGGGAUCCAAUUCCCUAUCUGCCGCCAGCAGCAAAACUUCCCCAUGAAAAGAAACAAAAAGGCUACGAUGGAGUCGGCGCUUUUCUCCAUAUUUUCGAGCACCCGUCUGAAACACCUCCACCUACACGAGUGGAGACAAGAGAAGAAAGACUUGAAAGACGAAGACGAGAGCGUGCUGAGCAGACGGCAUACAAAUUGGAGCAAGAAAUAGCAUUAUGGGAUCCCACAACCAAUGCACCGGCCACAGGCGAUCCUUUCAAGACAUUGUUUGUUGCUAGGAUAAACUAUGACACAUCCGAAUCCAAGCUUCGGAGAGAGUUUGAAGGGUACGGAGUAAUAAAGAAAAUUCAUAUGAUAUAUAAUAAAGACAAUGGCAAACCAAGAGGAUAUGCUUUCAUUGAGUACGAACAUGAGAGAGACAUGCACUCCGCGUACAAGCACGCCGACGGCAAGAAGAUCGACGGGAAACGCGUGUUGGUCGACGUGGAGCGAGCGAGGACGGUCAAGGGGUGGCUGCCGCGGAGACUCGGCGGCGGGCUGGGCGGCACGCGGCGCGGCGGCGCGGACGUCAACAUCAAGCACUCGGGCCGCGAGGACAACGAGCGCGAGCGGGAGCGGUACCGCCUCGAGCAGCGCGAGCGCGACCGCGACGAGCGCCGCGAGCGCGACCGCGGUCGACGUCGCAGUCGGUCUCGUUCCCGGCGACGUUCCGCGUCUCGCUCGCGCAGACGGGAACGUGAGAGGGAAAAGCGAGACGACGAUACCGAGAGACGUCGGCGGCGGUCGCGCUCGCGUUCGGAGCGUCGCCGCGAGCGCCGCGACCGCGACAAAGAGCGCGACAAGGAGCGCGAUAAGGACCGCGACAAGGACCGCGACAAGAGGCGGCGGCGGGACAAGGAGCGGAAGGAGCCCAAGGUCAAGCCCGAGGACAUCAAGAUCAAGGAAGAGCCGCAGGACGAUUAUCCAGAGUUCAGCCUGCCUGCCCUCGACGUUCAGAUCAAACAGGAACCGAGCGAGGACGAAAAUAAAUAUAAUCCUGAGGACGCCAACGGGGACGAUUAUAACUAUUAAACUACACACACACACCCGCACGACACGUCCGGUAGCUUCGACUUCACGCAACAGAGAUGCUGGACUAUCAGCUGUCCGUAACAUCCACUUGAAAUCGGUCCAACAGCUAAAAUUCAUAAAUUUAAUGACAUUUUUUUUUUGUUUUGCUAACCGUACUUUUCUAGUGUGUAACAAGUUGUUGACAUUCGUGUCUGUAUCACAUGUGUGUUACGUCUGACUUAACUUGGUUCAAAUAGCCGACAUGGUUAGACUGAGCUGAUCGUUCUAUGACAUCGCACGCAUUCACACAUUCAUAAAUUUACACAGUAACACACACAAACUUUAGAUGCUAGCUUUUUGGUGAUAGAUCUCUUUCCAAUAUAUAUAUUAUAUAUAUAUAUAUAUAUAUAUAUAUAUGUAAAUAUUUUAUAAUUCGGCAAUAUGUUUUGAUUUAAAGUAACUUAGAAAGAGACGAAGCGAUACUAAUCUAGCGUGUUCAAUUGAAAGUGAAGUUAUCACCGGUUCUGAAUGUGAAUUCGUCCGAUUCUACGAAACUCAGUAGUCACUCCCUUUGUCAUUUAUAUACGAUUGUAUCGUGUACAUACGCGUCAUGUUUUAUUUAAGUUUUUAUCGAAUAUUACCGCAAGCACACAAACUUCACGUGGGAAUAGCUCAUAUUAUACUGAGCGUGUUAAACGUGUACAGUCAACACAAACAUUACCCUUAUUUCCUUGACAAGUUGACACACACAAGUGUUUGUUUUCCGACAUAUUUGUCCAAAUAUGUCAUAUAAAUUAUCGUUUCCAAUGUUUAUACUCCAUAGUUUCCCCCUCCAAGUUUAUAUUGACGUUUCAAAGAUAAUUCACGGUCCGACAUAGUAUAUGUGUUAUGUUAUAAGUUAUAUGAAGAAGCGGAGGGACGUUCAGACGUCACGGUGAGUAUGGGAAUCCCCGAGUUUUAGACGAUUGAGAAAUAGUGGUUUUUUUUUAUAAGCAUACGACUUCACUUAUAAAUGUUUGUCUCCUUAAUGGCAUUUAUAAAUAAAGCCGUAUGUGUUCGAAGCAAUAAACACAUGUUCGUUAUCUUUGAUUGUGUUGUAUACAAUCUUGAUCUUUAUUAUUAUAGCCGGAGAGUCCAGUGGUUACAUGUGAUACUUAGCUGAUGAUUAUGAGUUCAAACCGGACAAGUAUUGAUGAAUUUUAAUUUGCUUUUGUAAUUCGUCUCAUGCUUGUAAGGACAAUUGCAAUUAUCGGCUCGGAAAUUACGCUUUGGAUUCAAAAGAUAUAUCUUAUAUAAAUCUCUUCUCCAAUGUUUUUUUGGUGGAUACUCAAGUUGAAGAUUUUUAACCGAGACAUGCAGGUUACCUCACAAUGUUCUGUAACGGAUUCAGAACUGUUUAUCCAGGUUUGAAUUAAAGGACUGCGCUUAAAGACAUGUAUUUACUUUUCUGUUCUUUAUUUAAUAUAGCUUUCCCUUUACAAUGCUAUGCUAUGCUAUGUUAGAAAGAGAUAGUCUUUUCAAUCAGUUUAGUUGAGAUUUGUAUACAACACAAUUGAUUCAUUUUGUAAGAUGAACUUUUAGUUCUUAAUUUUAAAAUGUCCUGUGUUCUAGAUAAGGCGAUAAAGAUUAAUAAUA